AUGUGCGACUUCACCAAGAACUACUACAUAUAUACCUCGUGCCUCGACCCCGGUGCGCACUUUUUCAGGACCUCGGUAGACGGCAGCCACAAGCAUGCAUGUCCCAAGGGGCCUCACGAGAGAUACAUUAUGCUCCCUGGCCACUGUCCUCUGUGUGAUUAG